AUGGACGGGGACGCCGCGGCCGCCCGCUACCAGCCCGAGCCCCCGCGGGACGCCUGCGUCUACAACAGCUGCUACUGUGAAGAAAAUAUUUGGAAACUCUGUGAAUACAUUAAAAACCACGACCAGUAUCCUUUAGAAGAGUGUUAUGCUGUCUUCAUAUCUAAUGAGAGGAAGAUGAUACCUAUCUGGAAACAACAGGCAAGACCUGGAGAUGGCCCUGUAAUCUGGGAUUAUCAUGUUGUCUUACUUCAUGUUUCAAGUGGAGGACAGAGCUUCAUUUAUGAUCUUGACACUGUCCUGCCAUUUCCUUGUCCUUUUGACACUUACGUGGAAGAUGCCUUUAAGUCUGAUGAGGACAUUCAUCCACAGUUUAGGAGGAAGUUUAGAGUGAUACGUGCAGAUUCAUAUUUGAAGAACUUUGCUUCUGACCGAUCUCACAUGAAAGAUUCCAGCGGGAACUGGAGAGAACCUCCUCCCUCCUACCCCUGCAUCGAGACUGGCGAUUGCAAAAUGAACCUGAAUGAUUUUAUCAGUAUGGAUCCUGAGGUCGGAUGGGGUGCUGUCUACUCACUCUCUGAAUUUGUUCAUCGGUUUGGCAGUCUGAACUACUGAACUUGACAUCUGGACAUGGUACCAUGGUGAAAUUAUAGGAUAUAAACAGUCCAUCCUUUACUUGGGACAGUAAACAGUACAGUUGGCUUAGCAUUAUGUUUUUUUUCUCUCUUAAUCCAAUUAAGUUGAAACACAAGUUUUGUAUGAUUUUGAGUUUUUUGAUAAUUUAAGUUGGAAUUUGAUGUUGUGUGUAUUUGCUAAGAUAUUCCUAUGAUUCAUUUGUUAAAAUGUGGUGAUGAUUUAUGCCGUAAUUGUUCUUUAUGAUAAUAGUGUAGAAUUUGUGUCCAUUCUGAGUGUUUUGCUUUUCCCCAGCUAUAUUGUAAGCUCCUUGAGGGCAGGGUUGUGACUCAUUGCUCUGUAAAUCUCUAACAUAAAAGGUGCAGAAACAAAUGUUUGCUUGUGAUUGUGCUGCUGCUUGAGGAGGGCUAAUAUUGUGAGCUGAAUCAGCAAUAAGUAUUAGUCUUUUUGGACUAUUGUGUUCCUAAAAAAGAAGAUAGCCUUCUCAGGCUUGAGUGUUGUUUGGCCUAUUUAUGUUUCUAAAUAAAAUUGAUUUAAAAUUAAUUUUGCUUUGAAGAUUUUGUGUCAUUGUUGGUCAUAUGAGAGCCUAAGAAUAUCUCAGUCGUGGAUGGGAACCAUUGCUUUACAGUGCAGCA